AGAGUCAGUCGGAAACAACAGCAACGACGCCGACGCCGCCGACGGUGCCACUGUUCACAUAUAGACAUAUAUAGCGAGCGUAAUAUGUACCGAAUAACCGAAUUGUCAUCGUCGUUACCUAAAUUGAAUUAGGUUAAAUACAAGGAUUUUCGAGUCAUCCUUCUAGAAAUCAGUUGCAUUCAAAGAAAGACAAUGGCUACAGUUAGCGAGUAUCAGGGACGUUCUUUGCCCGAUUACGAUGUCCAAGGUGCAAAAAAAGUUCAUUUUAGUCCUUAUGCAGAUAAUGGAGGGAGCGUUAUUGCGCUUGCCGGUGAUGAUUUUUGUAUAAUCGCUGCUGAUACUCGUCUGAGUGCUGGAUUUUCCAUCUAUACGCGUGAACAACAAAAAUUAUUUCCACUUUCCGCUACUACGGUUUUGGGAUGCUCCGGAUGUUGGUGCGAUGUUUUGACACUCACACGAAUUUUGGCCGCUCGCAUGCAGAUGUACAAGCAUGAACAUCAAAAAGACAUGACAACUCCGGCAACAGCACAAAUGCUUUCGACCGUACUUUACUACAAGAGAUUUUUCCCCUAUUACGUUUCAAACGUUCUUGCUGGAUUGGAUGAGAAUGGUAAAGGCUGCAUUUACAGUUAUGAUCCUAUCGGUCACUGUGAAAGAUCUAAUUACCGAGCUGGAGGUUCGGCCGGAGCUCUUUUACAGCCUCUCCUUGACAAUCAGGUUGGCUUCAAAAAUCAAGAAGGUGUGGAGCCCUCUCCGUUGACACAAGAAAAAGCAUUAUCCAUAAUCAAGGAUGUAUUCAUAUCAGCGGCAGAGAGAGAUAUUUACACCGGCGAUGGGAUCAGUAUCAACAUUAUAAGUAAAGACGGUGUGAAGACAGAAAGCUUUGCUCUUCGAAAGGACUAGUUAUUCCUAAUGAUUUUGUUGAAAAAUUUGCAUUGAAACACAAAAUGAAAUAAAAUAUAAAAUUUUGAAAGGUCAUAGAAACAA